UAUCAACCCGCUGUGUCAUUGAUGAUACACAAGCUAUGAUUUGAAAGAACAACUGAAGUCGGCUGUGGUGAAAUUAUCUUGAGGCAGGUUGUUUUUGCAGCACCCGUCAAGUCAUCACCAUGGUGAAUCCCAGUGUCAUUCGAUUGAGGGGGACGUUGCGUGCUUUGCAAUCAAGAAUUUACUAUCCAACCGUGCCUCGGCUUCUCACACAACAGCAGAGACAUUACCGAUCCUCUGCUCCGAACUUCGACGACCGACGACCACAGUCUUUCAAAAACCAGCUAUAUGAGAGUACGCAACAACGGUUGAAGCGUGAGCGCGCCGAGCAGGAUCGUUACGCACAGUUUCAGACCCAGUCACAGGGGGGUCGCUAUGCAGCCUUGAUGUUUGCACUGGUGUUUUUCUCUACUGGGGCCUAUUUCCUAGGAUCUUUGAAACCUCCAAGUCUUCCAACCUCAUCAACGACGAACCUCUUCGAAUUAGAAUCACUGCAACACGAUGUUUCUCAGUCGAAUCUCCAGGCUGCAUGGGCUGACUUUGUUGACAUAUUGGGGAAGGAGAACGUUUCCACGGAAAACGGGGACUUAGAGAUGCAUUCAGGAUCGGACUGGUCCUCUUACACUCGGAAGGAAAGCGAGAAGCCGUUCCUUAUCCUCUAUCCAUCAACCACUGAAGAUGUUUCUCGAAUCAUGAAAGUUUGUCAUCGGCGAGUAAUCCCAGUAACACCAUACUCAGGUGGUACCAGUCUGGAGGGGCAUUUUGCGCCCACGCGUGGCGGCGUGUGUAUCGACUUCCGUCGCAUGGAUCGCAUUUUGGCACUUCAUAAAGAAGACCUUGAUGUAGUGGUGCAGCCUGCUCUUGGGUGGGAAGAGCUAAAUGAACGGAUCUCGCAAGAUGGUCUAUUUUUCCCGCCUGACCCUGGCCCUGGUGCUAUGAUAGGUGGCAUGGUAGGCACUGGCUGUUCAGGGACGAAUGCCUACAGGUACGGUACAAUGCGGGAAUGGGUCCUCUCUCUGACUGUAGUUCUUGCGGAUGGCACAAUAAUCAAAACAAGACAGCGUCCACGGAAGUCAAGUGCCGGCUACGAUCUCACCAGGCUCUUCAUUGGGAGUGAAGGAACCCUUGGGCUUGUGACUGAGGCCACACUGAAAUUGACAGUUAAACCCAAGAGCCAGAGCGUUGCUGUUGCAAGUUUUCCGACAAUACAGAAUGCCGCACAAUGUGUGACACGUGUGGUGGAGGAUGGCAUCCCAGUCGCUGGAGUCGAAAUACUCGACGAUGUGCAAAUGAAAUGUAUCAAUGACAGUGAAACAACUAGCCGGCGAUGGAAAGAAUCGCCGACCUUGUUCUUCAAGUUUACGGGAACACCCAUGGGUGUCAAGGAGCAGGUAAGUAUGGUACAGAAGAUCGUUUCUUCUAAUGCAGGCCGAUCGUUCGAGUUUGCGCGCAGUGAUGAUGAGAUGCAAGAAUUGUGGGGUGCCCGAAAACAAGCUCUCUGGAGCGUGAUGUCUAUGAGGCGAGGCCCUGAGGAUCACGUUUGGACGACUGAUGUGGCUGUACCCAUGAGCAAGUUGCCCGACAUCAUUGAAGCAACGAAGGAAGAUAUGACCCAAAGCCGGCUGUUGGCGGGGAUUUGUGGUCACGUCGGCGAUGGAAAUUUUCACGCCAUCAUUUUGUUCAAUGAAAAUGAGAGGAAAACUGCGGAAGCUGUUGUUCAUCGAAUGGUGAAGCGGGCAGUAGAAAUGGAAGGCACUGUAACGGGCGAACACGGUGUUGGCCUCAUUAAGCGUGAUUACCUCGAACAUGAAGUGGGGGAGUCUACGGUGGAUGCGAUGCGGCGGUUAAAACUAGCCUUUGACCCACUUUGCUUGCUGAACUGCGACAAAGUCGUUCGAGUUGAACAGCCAAUGCCGGAAGAGCUUAAAAAAUGGUAAUAGUAUUCAACUGUAUGCGAUGGAGGACAAGCUGUGUUGGGAAAAGGGGGGGAGAGGCGCGUGGGGAACAGAAGAGAAGCCAGCCAUGUAACGGUCAUAAUAUGUAGUUAAUCUACAUCUAAACGGAUGAAGGAGAGAAGGGGGAAGCAAAUAAGCCCUACCAAAC